AUGAAUGCAGAUAUGCUCAUGUUUGUUGGUGCAUGUGCAGCAUGUAAACACCAAAGGAAAAAAUGUGACGAAAAUUGCCAAUUAGCUCCUUAUUUUCCUUCUAAUAGAAGUGAAGAUUUUCAAAAUGUUUAUCGACUUUUCGGAGUAAAUAACACCAUAAAAUUGCUUAAUUCUGUUGCUGAUGAUCAGAAGGAAAAAACUGCUGAGACCUUAAUUUUAGAGGCUAAGGUUUGGAAGGAAAAUCCAGUGUAUGGCUGUCUUGGCAUUGAAAGAAAACUGAGAGCAGAAAUUGAAGCAUAUGAAAAGGAGCUUGAAAUGGUACGAAAACAAAUUUCUUUUUGUAAAGAAAUGGCCACAUUGCAAAUGCAAAGACAACAAUUAGAAGAGCAGCUCGAUCGAUCUUCCUUGGCUUUGGUUUCUCCAUUUGAUGUUCCUUACCAUGACAAGAAAAAUGAAGCAAUUUUUAUGAGUGAUACUAAAAACUUUUAUGGAUACAAGUAUGACUCGACUAAUUUGGAUGAAGUUGCAAAUGUUGAGUGUAUUGCCAUUCAAGGUGCAGAUUUUGAUCAUCCUGCUUUUGUAGAACCGGAAAGCGCCAGGUGA